GAAGCCCUCUCCUCUUCCCUCCAACCCUUCUUCGUUUCAUCCCCAAAUCUUCUCUAAGUUCACUCUAACAACGGCAGCAACAAACGCUAGCCGAGCAACGUCCUCCCCUCCAACCUUUCACUAGCGACGAAGUGGCUCUAGCUUCUAGCGUUGUAGAAAUCUCUGAUAUAAACUAUCCGUGGUUCUCAGAAACAGUGUAAUAUGGCGUCUGUGUCCAUGGUAGCCUCCGAAAACAAACUGAGCUUGAAGCUUCUAGUAGAUACGAAAGGCCACAGAGUACUCUUUGCUGAAGCUGACAAAGAGUUUGUUGAUUUUCUGUUCAACUUACUGUCUCUGCCUAUUGGGUGGGUGAUAACAGUUCUGUCUAAACAAGGGAUGGAUGGUUCCCUUGGAAAGCUUUAUGGGAGCGUUGAGGCUUUAAGUGAUACAUACAAGCAGGCAUCUCAGGUGGCCUUUGAUGCCCUAUUGAAGCCUACCGUAUACGCCUCAGCAACUGCUCCUCUUCUGUUGCCAAACAUUCAGACAACAAAUUCGGCAAGGUUUUAUAGGUGCAGCAGGAACUAUAAUAGUAACUGUUAUAAUCAGGUGACGAAUGACCCCAGUGCGACAUGUGCCAGUUGUGGAGGCUCGAUGAACAUGGAACUGACAUAUGUUGAUGGAAAAAAUAUGAAGUCUUCCUCUCCUGAGGAAGGUUAUGUGAAAGGUGUGGUGACAUAUAUGAUCAUGGAUGAUCUAGAGGUGAGACCCAUGUCUUCUAUUUCAAGUAUCACAAUGAUCAACAGGUUCAAUGUCAAAGACAUGGGGGUUCUUGAAGAGAAGGUGGUUGAUGUGGGCAUGGAUCAGCGUGUGGAAUUGCUGAAGGCGUCUUUGCAUUCUAAGGCUGUUCUUACUGAAGUAUUCCUCAAGAAAAAACCUUCUCUCGUAUCUAUCGAAGAUGUUGACUAAUUCCAUCAGAAGGAAUCAAUAUUCGGGACAGAGCCGUUUCUUAAGAUACUCUCUGGUGUGUUUUGCUGAUAUUCUGUUAUACUCUUUGGUGUGUUUUGCCGAUAUUCUCUCUCUGUCGUCCUCCAAUCCCUAAAGUACGUUGCAAAAUGUGGUAAAAUCUGGCUUCUUGUUUUAUCUUGCUUCUAUGUGAGCUCUUUAAAGUCUUAAUUGCUAAGGUAAGACCGAAUCAUAGUGGGUUGUGUGUCAUAGUAUUUCUCCUUUCUUCUAAACUAAGUGUUGCUCUCCUUUAUCUUUCACUUGAUAAGGAAUAAAUUAGUGUCGAACCU